AGGGCCGGGGCCGGGAGCGGGACGGCAGCGGCGGGCGCGGAGCAUGGCCGCGGCGGGGCGGCUGUGUGCGGCGCUGCUGUGCGGGGCGCUCAGCCUGUGCGGGGUGCGGGCCGCGGCGCGGCAGCCCGACACGCUCUACCUGUGGAUCGACGCGCAGCAAGCCCGAGUCCUCAUCGGCUUCGAGGAGGACAUCCUGAUCGUGUCCGAGGGGAAGAUGGCCCCGUUCACUCACGACUUCAGGAAAGCUCAGCAGAGGAUGCCGGCCAUCCCUGUCGGCAUCCACGCCAUGAACUUCAGCUGGCAAGCUACCGGACGGGCUGAGUACUUCUACGAAUUCCUGUCCUUGCGCUCUUUGGAUAAAGGCAUCAUGGCUGAUCCAACUGUAAAUAUACCUCUGCUUGGAAUGGUUCCUCAUAAACCAUCAGUGGUUCGGGUUGGGUUUCCUUGCCUUGGAAAACAAGAUGGAGUGGCUGCUUUCGAAGUGAACGUGAUCAUAAUGAACGCAGAAGGCAAUAUCAUCCUCCAGACCCCUCAGAACGCCAUCUUCUUUAAAACCUGUCAGCAAGCGGAGUGUCCAGGAGGAUGCAGAAAUGGAGGGUUUUGCAACGAGAGACAUGUGUGUGAAUGUCCAGAUGGAUUCUAUGGGCCUCACUGUGAGAAAGCACUGUGUGCUCCUCGCUGCAUGAAUGGAGGGCUCUGCAUCACCCCUGGCCUCUGCAUCUGCCCCCCUGGCUUCUACGGCAUCAACUGCGACAAAGCAAACUGCACAACAACCUGUUUCAAUGGAGGAACGUGUGUCUAUCUGGGAAAAUGCAUUUGUCCUUCAGGAUUUGAAGGCGACCAAUGUGAAAUCAGUAAAUGCCAUCAGCCCUGUCGAAAUGGAGGAAAAUGUAUGGGUAAGAAUAAAUGCAAGUGCUCCAAAGGCUACCAAGGAGACCUUUGUUCAAAGCCUGUCUGCGAGCCUGGCUGUGGACUGUAUGGGACCUGUGCUGAGCCCAACAAGUGCCACUGCAAAGAAGGCUGGCACGGGAGGCACUGCAAUAAAAGGUAUGGAGCCAGCGGUCUGAGUGCCCCGAGGCCGGCCGGCAGCAAGCACAGGCAGUACACGCCUUCGCCCAAGAAGGCGGAGGAGAGGCACGCUCCACCCGAAUCCAAUUAUAUCUGGUGAGCUCCAACAUCUGAAAUGGUUCGUGUUACACAAAGUUCAUAGCCUUCAUUAACCUUUCAUGGAUGGGAUGUUAAAACGCUGUUCACUACAGUUUAGAUUACUGGCUGGAAUUUUAUUAGCUUCGUUAUAAACCACUGAGCUGAUAUUUACUAUUUCUUUUAAGUUUUAUAAAUACUUCUGUAGCAUGAUUACAUAGGCUUCUUCUUUCAGUGCUUUGGAUGGUUUUGUACUAUGCUCUGGUUAUGUUUUAAUUUCAUUUGUUUGUAUUACAUAUCUGCAAUAUAACAUUUUCCAAAAAUUAAAUAACAAUAUUCAAGCAGAAAAUUUCCUAGAUGCUAACCUGAAACAUUUCAGUGAUUGCAGAUUUUAGUUUGCCUAAACAAAGAAAAGAUGUCAGUUUUGUUGUGUAUUUAGAUUUUUCCCAAAGGAAAAUAAACAAAUGUUACCUAAUUUAAAAACUGAACUACUCCACUCGGCAUUAUUUUUUACCUUAAAAUGUUGCAAAGUUCUGUGUAUUAAAAAUACACUGCAGUGGUGCCAAUUAAGCAAUAUAAUAUAUUUUAAACAAAGUAGAACUGUAACGUAUGAACUUUUUGCAUUGGCUUGAAGCAAUAUAAUAUAUUGUAGACAAAACAGCUCUUAUAUAAUAAACUUUUUGUACUGACGGUUAUGUGUAAAAUAAAGAUGCUGCUUUAGUUUUUUGA